UUGUUGAGGUGGUGGGAGGGGAGAAGAGGUCAAGGAAGGGAUGGUGUCAGUGUCUUUGCAAAGAAGAAAAGGAUUUCUGCAUUCAAAACAGCCACAAGUAAGAAACAGAUCAUCAAAAACAACACAGAUAUCAGGCAUGGCAAAAAUAUAUAUGGGAAACAAACAAGACACAAAAAUAUGAUCUUCACAAUGCAUGAUUUCCGUAAGGUUGGAUCAACAAUGAAGAAGAUACCUCGUAAAUUCUUUUCAUAUCUACAAUUUCAAAAGGCUUUACAGUUUCUUCAGUUCCAAUCAAGAGAUGCUGGUGGAAAUAUAAAGCAGUUCCGAUGUAUAACAUCAGGUCCAGCAGCUAGUGCGACAAUUUCUGACUUUAUUGAAGUGUUUGGGAAAUUCUACAGUCGAGAUGAUUAUACAAACAUUACACCAAAGAUAUUGUCCAAAGUGGGAAAAAGCUUACAUAACCAAAGAAAUCAUCCUUUAUGGCUCAUUAAAGAACGCAUUAAGAAACAUUUCUAUACACAGUAUUUGAAUCGUAAUAGAAAUCCAAUCUUUUCAGUGUAUGAUAAUCUGUCUCCUGUGGUUACCACAGCGCAGAACUUUGACAGCUUGCUUAUACCAGUGGAUCAUGCAAGCAGGAAGAAAGGAGAUAACUUUUACCUGAAUCAAACUAAUAUGCUCCGGGCUCAUACAUCUGCUCACCAACAUGAUCUUAUUCGUGCAGGCCUUAAUGCCUUUCUGGUAGUGGGAGAUGUCUAUCGACGAGAUGAAAUUGAUAGUAGCCACUAUCCAGUCUUCCAUCAAAUGGAAGGAGUCAGACUAUUCUCAAAACAUGAAUUGUUUGCCAAUGUCCAAAAUGGUGAAGAACUUUGCAUUUUUGAGAAGGGAUGCCGCAUACCCUGUAAACAGGAGAGGCACACACUCGAGGCUGUUAAACUACUUGAAUUUGACUUAAAGCAGACGCUAAAGAAAGUCAUGAUACAUCUCUUUGGGAAAGGACUAGAAAUUAGAUGGGUGGAUUGCUAUUUCCCAUUUACACAUCCUUCCUUUGAAAUGGAGAUCAAGUUCCAAGGAGAAUGGAUGGAGGUCCUUGGCUGUGGGAUCAUGGAGCAGCAGCUGGUAGACUCAGCUGGUGCUCAAGACAAGAUUGGAUAUGCUUUUGGUCUGGGGUUAGAACGGAUAGCAAUGAUUUUGUAUGGAAUUCCAGAUAUCCGCUUGUUUUGGAGUGAAGAUGAACGAUUCUCCAAGCAGUUCCAGGUUAUUGACAUUGACCAGAAAGUCACAUUUCAGCCCCUCAGCAAAUACCCACCAUUAGUAAAUGACAUCUCUUUUUGGAUUCCAAAAGAAGGAUAUGAAGAAAAUGAUUUCUAUGAUUUGGUGCGAAAUAUUGGCGGUGACCUGGUGGAGAAGGUCAGCCUUAUUGACCAGUUUACACAUCCAAAGACUAAAAAGGUCAGCCAUUGCUACAGGGUUACCUAUCGCCACAUGGAACGAACAUUAACCCAGGAAGAGGUGUGUAACAUUCAUCGAGCAAUUGAAAAGGCAACUGUGGAGAAAAUGGGAGUGGAAGGCAGAUUUUAAAAUCAUGAAAAUAAUGUCUUUUUUCUGCUUUAACUGCCGUCUACCUAUUGGUUUUCUUGUGCUCAAUAAGUGAUGAAAUACAGAUGAAGAUUCAAUUAAUGCCAAACUUGAUUUGAGUAAAGCUCAGCAUUUUGGAUUAA